AUGUUUACAGUACAAACUGAAGCUUACCAACUGGAAGGAAUCCUUAAAGAAAAAGAAGAGCUGUGCAGGAAGCUUCAGUUCCAGAGUGCGGAGUCUGAGCAGGACUCGGUCAGGCAGUUAAAUCAGAACAGGAAAAGUGAGGAACUUCUGGAACAGUACAGAUGUGAAGUCCAGGAAUUCAAGCUUAAACACCGGAAGCAGCGGAUGAAGUUUGAAAACCAACUUCUGCAUCUGAUAGAGCAGCAUAAGAAUCUGCACUCUGUCUUUUCUCCAGAAAGGCUCUCAGAUGAAAUCACAAGUGCUGAGAAUAGAAGAAGUCAGCUGUUGGCAGCCGGUAAGUGUCCUCUCUUAACUCAUGCCCAUAAACUAUUGAUCCUUUACAUGCAUGACUUUAGUGUUUAUGUUUGUCAGGGUUUGGUAGUAAUACGGACCCAAGAGCAGGGGAGGCAGGUAUGGGAAUGUAAACAUAAGGCAAGCUUUUAUUAACUUAGAAGCUGGUUACAAAAACUGAAGAAGCAGGAGAAGUAGAACAAAAGGAAAGUAGCAAGCAAACAAAACUAGAAGGACGCAGGAGGGCAGACAAGGGCAACAGGAACAACCAUGGGAAUGAUGUGAAAUAAGGAACCAAACCAUGGGGACAGGGACGACGAACGGACGAGGAACACAAGGGAAAGCAAGACUGAAUACACAGAAGGGAAUCACAAGAGAAGACACAGGGGAGGGGAGGUGACACACAGGCAACAGGUGACACACAGGCAACAGGUGAACAUAAGACAAUCAGACAGGAGGGGAAACACAGACAGGAAGACAAGACAAGGAGAAAAUGACUUUCAAAAAUAAACAGACCGUGACAAUGUUCCAUUUCCAACACCUCCGAUGGUCUGUGAUUUUCACAGAACAAAUGAAGUUGGCUCAGCUUCAUCGCCUCCAAGAGGAGCUGGAAGAGAUGGAGAAACACAAGCAGCGAGCGACCACAGCUGCAGAGACUCAGGGGGAGUAAAACGGUGCGAUUAUGGGUAUUUUGAAAGAAUCAGAGGUACCUUGUUUUACUCCCUGUUAGAUGCACUUUUAUUGCUUUGUGUCAGGUAAAAGCCUUAAAUCUAAUAAAUGUCACUUCCUGGGUUUAAUCUAUUCAAGUGUUGCAGGAUCCUGCCAGAGCCAUAGUGCAAACACCUACAACUUCAAACUGUUUGUUCCUUGGCUUCUUGAACUUUUUGAUAUGAAUUGUUCUGUGAGACGGGCUUGUUUUGAUGUGUUCUGAAACUUGAAAUAGUGUUCAUAGUGUGACUGGUUAUUGUUUUUCAGAUUCCAGUAUCCUGUAUGUUCAUCUUAUCUAAAUAGUAUGUAUUGAUAUAAUAUAUAAAAGUGUUCAUAUACUGAAGAAAUGUAACGUUUUAACAUGUUGUAAUGUUGUUAAAUGGGUUCAUUUUAU